AUGCUAGAAGAUCUCUCUGUAGAAGAUGGCGGCGGCGGAGGAGGAGACUUUUCUCAUCAAGUAACAACUGUAAAAUCAGCUGAAAAGCCGCCAUCGCCAAGAAAUGAAACGAAAUUAUGCGGAUUACAAAAUCAAGGAGCUACUUGUUAUCUAAAUGUACUCAUUCAAACAUUGCUCUAUACACCAGCGUUUCGUGAACCUCUUUUCCAUCUAACUCCAAAAGAUCUUAAUCUUCCAGCAAAUUACAAUGAUCAAACUUCACUAUCAGCUAAUGGAGGAAGUAGUUUAAAAGUUCGUAAAAUAAUUGUCGAAUUACAACGUCUGUUUGCUGAAAUGCUUUUACUUAAUCAGCAAGCUUGUUCGUCCAUUCGAUUAACAGAUAGUUUUGGUUGGCAAUCACAUGAAGCUAUUGAUCAUCACGAUGUUCAUGAACUAAAUCGUUUAUUAUUUGACGCUAUUCAAAAAUCUUUACAAGGUACAAAACAAUCAAACUUAAUACGUUUAUGCUACGAAGGAUCUACAAUCAAUUAUACACAGUGUAAAGCAUGCCAGAAAAUAUUCAAACGAUCAGAAGAUUAUCAAGACCUACCAUUAGUUGUACAAGAUAGUCCUAAUCUACAAACGUCCUUAGCGAACAUAUUUACCAUUCGAGAACAGUUAAUAGGAGAUAAUCAAUAUCGAUGUUCAUCAUGUGCGAAUAAACUAUGCGAUGCUGAAAAGUGGGCAAAAAUAAGUAAAUUGCCACCAAUAUUAACUUUACCAUUACAACGUUUUGUUUAUGAUAUUAAAACUGGUAGUCGACAAAAAAAAACGACACGUUACGAGUUUCCAUUUGAGAUUGAUUUAAAAGAAUUUUGUGAAGAAUCAGUCAUUGAAACAAAUUAUGAAUUGUUUGCCGUUGUUAUUCAUCAAGGUACAUGCUAUUCGGGACACUAUUAUGGUUAUAUAAAAGAUAUCGAUCAUAUUGGCACAUGGGUUUCUCCACCACCGCCAUCUUCACCGUCGACGAAAUCUGCAAAUAAACAAAAGCCAACUAGCAGCCAAAAUAGUAACAUCUCGAAUACAUCACCGAAUAAUAAUCGAAACUCAAAUGAAUCAGCUGAUACAAAAGAGGAGACAAUGAAAAAACUUGAUUUAGUUAAAACAUUACUAUUAUCUUGUGACGAUUAUGUUACUAUUGAUUAUCUUCUUCAAAUUUAUCGUAAAAAUACGACAACAUCAUGGAAUAGUACUCGUGGUGUUCAUGGUUCCUUCACUAAGUUUCUUCGAAGUUACCCGGAUGUAUUUCAAGUCGAUGAUAAACGUGUUCGAUUAGUUGAACGAAACUGUGACAUGGAUAUAGAUAUGAAUGAAAUCGAUGAGAUGGAUUUCGAAUCAUCACAAAAUGAAAUUCCAUCAAAUAAUGAUAUUGAUAAUGAUGAACAUUGGUUUUGUUUUGAUGAUUCAUUUGUAACAUGUGUUACACGAGAGCAAAUAAAAAAGCAUUAUGGACAAAAUGAUUGUGCUUAUAUGUUAUUUUAUCGACGAAAAGAUCGAAAUAGAUCAAAAAUGGAUUGUUCAGAUAAUACUCCUUAUUCAAUACCACAAUGGUUAUUUGAUGAAGUUUUAGAAAAAAACAAAAUUCUAGAUGAAAAACGUGAGGCGUAUGAAAAAUAUAAAAAUCAAUUACUAGUUACACUCUAUCCAAGUGAAUGGUUUGAAGUUAAAGAUGGCUGUCGACUUACUUUAAACAAUAAUGAUCAAGUAUUAUUCCCAGAUAAAUAUGGCGAACAUAUAUUUGACAAGCGAACAAAAAUGAAUGACUUUAUUUCGAAAUUAGAGGAUGUCUAUGGCAUAGGAAAUCAUUUUUAUGUUGCUAAAAAACUUCGUUCUGGUCAAUUACAUGUGAUAAAUGAAUUAGUCUGCUCAAGUAGUGAUAAAACCUUAGAUAAAAGCGAUCUAUCCAAUUAUCAUAAUAUUAUCGUUUAUACAAGUUCAUCGUCAUUACCAGAUACUGUUCUACAAGGUGAAGAGUUUGAACCCAUCAUGCUUACUAUAGUCUAUGGUUUUCCUGAUGCACAUGUUCAUGCAGCACGAUUACAAACUAUAAAGCAUAUAUCAAAAAAUACGACAUUAUUAGAAUUAAAAGAAAUUCUCUAUUAUGAUUACUUUGGACAUGAUGAUCCUCAGAAAUUGAGACAAAUUCGUAUGGGUAAAUUAAACUUAGAAGAAAAAAAUAAUCGUAAAUCACGUCGAGAAUAUAAGGUCGAUGAAGAAAAGCAAACAUUAGCUCAACUACGUUUACAAGAUGGAGACACAUUAGGAAUUGAUGAUAAAAAUUCUUUUGUACCUAAUUGGAAAAAUGUAUCAUCGAACAGUACAAAUAUGGCUAUAAAUCAAUUAUCAUUAACAGUUAAAAAUAGUAUUGAUACAAAUAAUACAAAACCAAUGACUUAUAGUUGUUUAAAUACAACAUCUAUUGGACAUGUGAAAUCGAUGGCAAUUCAAGCAUUCAAUUUAUCAAUAGAGUCGUGUAUGUGUCGUUUACAUAUUGAUGACCCCGAUGUUGAACACAUUCCUCUUUAUGAUCAGCAAACUGUUGAUUCAAUUGAAUUUAAACAGAAUAAUACAAAUUUAUGUUUAAAAUUUGGUGCACCAUUAAAAGAGAAUGAUCUUCUUCUUUACAUUCUAUCUGAUCGGGAUCCAUGUUCAUUAGAACUUGUUGUUGAUAAAAACAUAACACUAUCACAUUUAUGGUUGUUAAUUAAACAAGAAUUGAAUAUGGAUGACACCGAUAAUGAAUAUCAUUUGUGUGAAGUGAAACCAACACUAAUUGACGAUGGAAUACCAUUGAAUGAUUUUGAUCAAACAUUGGCUGCUAAUGAACUUGCAAAUGGAGCUCAAUUAACAAUGAGACCAGGAAGUGUUGCAAAGAAAAAUCAUGUUCGAUUGAAAAUUUCAAGGAUUAUUGAUAAAACUUAUCAACCAAAUGAAGCUAUUCAUACUGAACCAAAACUAGAAAUGAUUGAACUAGAAGAAAUAUUUGAGCUGCCAGUUAUAUCUCCAUUCAAUGUACUCCGUGAAAGUAUUGCCAAACAUAUUGAAUAUAAAGUUCCUGUCGGUUAUUCACGUGACGUUAAACCAUUAGAUUUUAUUCGUCUUUAUUCAAUUGAAGACAAUCGAACGGUUUCUAUCGUGCACGAACCGAUUCUUACUACAUUAAAACAAGCAAAAGUUCAAGAUCUUGACUCAUAUGCAUUUGAAUUAUUAGGUCAUCCUGAGUCAUUAGCAAAAAAAGAUUUACUUCUUAAUAUAGUGUAUUCAAAAGAUGAGGAUGAAAAUUAUUUUCAACAUCAAUUUGAAGUUCAUUGGCCAUUAAAAGAAAAUAUAACUGCUAAAUAUGAAUAUCUUGAAAACCAUGUACUGACACGUUUAUCAUCGUUUAUGAGCAAUGAUCUUCAUUAUAAAAAUGUUUCAAAGCAAGCUCUAAAAGUUACUUUGGCACGUUAUUUUCCUGAUCGUGCACAAUGGAUAGUGAUUGAAUCAGGAUCAUCACCAUCGUCAUCAAAUACAAAUCAAUCAGCGAGUAAAAAAAACAAAACAUCAAGUCCAUCAACAAAAGCAUCUAAAUCAAAUCUUAGACUAGAACCUUAUAAACUAACUGAUUUAACUGUUAUUGGUGUUCUUGAAGGUGAAUAUUUAACGGCAAAUGAUUUUGAUACACCGUAUGAUCAACAGACAAGAAAAGAAAUUGAACAUGACAAACAACAAAACCGUCUCAAUCGUGAACGUAAUCGAACUGAUAAUAAUGAUCGAAGUCAAGCCAAUGGUUCUAGUAGUACACGUCGAAAAUCACCACAAAAUACAAUGCGUAUUACGGUUGACGAUUUUGAUAGUUAA